AUGAAGUUGUACGUACCUAGUGAUGGUGGCUCGGGCGAUGAUCUCCGUAGCUUAGAUAAAGCAAUCGAGGUUGAAGACAACCGGAUCUCAAGACAACAUUUCUCGGCAAAACUUCGUUCUUCGGGGCCGCGCAUAUCUCCAGGUGAUGAGCCAGAUGAGGCUCAAUGCAAGUUGGAAGAUAGCUCAACAGAAUCGUCAUUUGCAGUGUUUCAAUAUAAAACCAUGCCAAUGAGGCUUCGGGUGCUCUCUAUACCUCUACCGGCCCAGCAACAUCGCAACAAGCCCAAACCGCAGACACAGGCCAAAACACUGGCAGGGGGCAUCAUUACUGGUCUAAACGGAUUGAAGAUCGAAGGCCACUUCAAAUUCGUACAACUCUCUAAUAACGCAGGCGUCAGUAUUGAUUUAGCUGUAGAAGGGUUGGAUCAAAAAUUUAAGGCCAAAGACGAUAUCAACUAUCACAUUCAUGAAAAACCAGCAACCAAAGAUUGUUCAGGCUUGGGAGCAAAACUCGUAGACUUGUCAAAAGAUCACAAACCACUCAAAGGAGUCAAGAUAAACAAACGGUCUUUUGUCGAUCACACUUUGUCACUUUUUCCUGCUAAAGGCAAGACAAAUAUAGUCGGCCGGAGUAUCACAAUCCAUGAUGGUACGACAAUCAAAUAUCUUGGAUGUGCCACUAUCCUUGUAUAG